AAGUUAUUAAUAACACGACAUCAAGGGGUCCUAAAGCCUCGUCCACACAAUGCAGAGUGUCACCUCACGUUCCUGCUGGUGAGAGCGGAGACCUCUCCUCUGCUGCACACCGAGUCUCCACACCAGUGCUGUUUCUUCAUCGCUCCGUCUGAACCCCAGAUUCACUGCCGGACAACCCUGAACGCUCCCCGACAUGUCUGACAACGAGGAAGUGGUGGAAGAGUACGAGGAGGAGGUGGAAGAAGAGGAGGCUGCUGAAGAGGCCAUGCAGGAAGAAGACAAACCUGCCGGGGGUGAGGAGGCCAACGAAGAAGGAGAUGGAGAAGGGGAGGCGGAGGAGGGAGAAGAGGAGGAGGCCAAGCCCAAAUUCAAGCCAUUCAUCAUGCCAAACCUCAUCCCUCCCAAGAUCCCAGAUGGAGAGAAGGUGGAUUUUGAUGAUAUACAUCGUAAAAGGAUGGAGAAGGACCUGAUGGAGCUCCAGACUCUGAUCGAGGUCCACUUUGAGAGCAGAAAGAAGGAAGAAGAAGAGAUCAUUAACCUCAAGGAGAGGAUUGAGAAGCGGCGCGCCGAGCGAGCAGAGCAGCACAGGAUCCGCAGCGAGAGAGAGAAGGAGCGGCAGAAGCGUCUGGAGGAUGAGAGGACUCGUAAGGAGGAGGAGGAGGCCAAGAGGAGAGCAGAGGAUGACGCCAAGAAGAAGAAAACCCUCACCAGCCUCCACUUCGGAGGCUACAUGCAGAAGUUGACAGAAAAACGCAGCGGCAAGCGGCAGACCGAGAGGGAGAAGAAGAAGAAGAUCCUGAGCGAAAGACGCAAAUCUCUGGACAUCGAGAACUUGAGCCAGGACAAACUCAAGGAGAAGGCUAAAGAGCUGUGGGAGUGGAUGUACCAGCUGGAGGCAGAGAAGUUUGAAUUUCAAUAUCAGUUUGCCAGACAGAAAUAUGAUAUUAAUGUGCUGAGGAACCGUGUCAGCGACCAUCAGAAAACAUCUAAGAGGACGAAGAGAGGCCUGAGGAAAUAGACACCGACUCGCCAAGUGAGCUGUCAGCCUCUCUCUGUGGAUACCGCCUUAAACCAAGCCCCGUUUUCUUCCUGCCACACCCCGGCCCCACCUGAUUCUCUAAUACCUUCACCGACAGUGCAGUAUUAUAUUUCCAGCUCCAUCGCACUCUGGUUUUUCCUCUGUGUUUAACGGUGUAAAUAAAACCACCUUAGUUGAACCAAA